AUGGCCGGAACACCAGGGCCAAGCAAAAAACAACGCAAGCGCGGCGCAGACUCCAAGCCAUCCAAAUCUAAGCCUGCAAAGCAGCCGCGCUUAGACGCAGACGACGACCCGAGCGAUGUCGACAUGCCAACCGGUCCACCUAGUCGCGAUCCUAUGCGCGCGCUCGAUGAGGCCGAGCACGCCGGAGAAGGCGUCCAUGACGGUCCGGUCAUCGAGGCCGAUGGAAUAGUGCCUGGCGUUGCGCCGGUCCGCGCAGACGAGUUCAGCACCGAGGCCGAGCGCGAGGUCGCUGGAGGCGCUGGGCUCGCAGGCGACGAGGCGGACAUGAAGAUCGUCCACUCUGUGCGCCACCAGGUUGCACUUCCCCCAGGAUACCCCUACGUUCCCAUUUCGGAUCACAAGCGCUUCGAUCCUCCCGCAAAAACAUACCCGUUCGAGCUUGACCCUUUCCAGUACGUUGCGACGAGCUGUAUCGAGCGCUCGGAAAGUGUGCUCGUUUCCGCACAUACUUCGGCUGGAAAGACAGUAGUCGCAGAGUUCGCAAUCGCCACAUGCUUGAAAGAAGGAAAGCGUAUCGUUUACACGUCACCUAUCAAGGCGCUGUCGAACCAAAAGUUCCGCGAGUUCCAGGAGGAGUUUGGGGAGGAGAACAUUGGGUUGAUGACUGGCGAUGUGACAAUCAAUCCCUCAGCGUCGUGCCUUGUCAUGACUACGGAGAUUCUGCGCUCGAUGCUGUACCGUGGCUCAGAGGUUGUGCGCGAGCUCGCGUGGGUCGUAUUCGACGAGGUGCACUACAUGCGCGACAAGGACCGCGGCGUUGUGUGGGAGGAGACGCUGAUCCUGCUCUCGCACACUGUGCGCUGCGUGUUUCUCUCCGCAACCAUCCCUAACUCGAUGGAGUUUGCCGAGUGGUGGUGCCAGACACACGAGCAGCCAUGUCACAUUGUGUACACCGACUUCCGACCGACGCCGCUGCAGCACUACCUGUUCCCUACGGGAAGUGAGGGCAUCUAUCUCGUUGUGGACGAAAAGUCCAACUUCCGCGAGGACAACUUCCAGAAGGCGAUGGCGGCGCUGGCAGCCAACAAGGGCGAGGACAGCGCGGACCCGAAUGCCGGCGCAGGGCGCAAGGGGAACAAGACGCGCAAGGGCGCGAUGAAGGGCGGCACGAGCGACAUCUACAAGAUUGUCAAACUGGUCAUGAACAAAAACCUCAACCCAGUGAUCGUGUUCGCGUUCAGCAAGCGCGAGUGCGAGGCCCACGCCAUGCAGAUGAGCAAGAUCGACAUGAAUACCGAGGACGAGGCCAAGACGGUCGAGCAGGUGUUUGAGAACGCCAUUGCCGUGUUGAGCGACGACGACAAGAAGCUUCCCCAGAUCGAACACCUCCUCCCGUUGCUCAAGCGCGGUAUUGGAAUCCACCACGGCGGCCUCCUCCCGAUCAUGAAGGAGGUCAUCGAGAUUCUCUUCCAGGAGGGCUUACUCAAGUGUCUCUUCGCCACUGAGACGUUCUCUAUCGGUCUCAACAUGCCUGCCAAGACUGUCGUCUUCACGGACGUGCAAAAGUUCGACGGCAAGAACUUCCGCAACCUCUCUGGCGGCGAGUACAUUCAGAUGUCGGGGCGUGCCGGUCGUCGUGGUCUGGACACGCGCGGUAUCGUCAUCAUGAUGGUCAACGAAAAGCUCGAGCCGGAGGCUGCCAAGGGCAUGGUCAAGGGACAGGCGGACCGCCUCGACUCGGCCUUCUCUUUGGGGUACAACAUGGUGCUGAACCUAAUGCGCGUUGAAGGCAUCAGCCCCGAGUACAUGCUCGAGCGAUCGUUCCACCAGUUCCAGAACUCGCUAAGCAUUCCUGCUCUCGAGGCACAGCUGGCGGCAGCGGAGAAGGAGCGCGACGCGAUCACCGUCGACCGCGAAGAUGAUGUGGAGGAAUAUUAUGAACUCCGCGAGAGCCUCAAAAUGUUUGAGGGCGACUUCAAGGCGGUCAUCAACCACCCCGACUACGCGCUGCCAUUUAUGCAGCCGGGUCGGCUGGUGGAGAUCAAGGACGGCGACCGAGACUUUGGCUGGUGUGUGGUGGUGGCAUACCACAAGCUCGAGAACAGCAAGCGCGGACGGCCAGUUGUCGGGCCCAACGAUCCCCCACAGAAGCACUACGUGCUCGACGUGCUGUGUCGCGUCGAACCUGGCACCGAGAUUGGCAAGCCCAACUCGGACACGGCGCGCGCCGCGCGCCCCGAUGCUCGCGGCGACGUUGCGAUCAUUGCAGUGACACUGGACGCUGUGCAGAGCAUCGCACACAUCCGACUCAAGAUGCCGACCGACCUCCGCCAGCGCCAGCAGAAGGAGCAGGCGUACAAGCUCGUCGACGAGGUCAAGCGUCGUUUCAAGGGCGCGAUCACUCUGCUUGACCCGGUCGCUAACCAGGGUAUCAAGGAUGAGGGCUUCCGCAAGCUCGUGCGCAAGAUCAAGGUACUCGAGGACCGCGUCGCCUCGUUGCCCAUCGCCAAUGACCCCGCCCUCCCCGCCCUCUUCGACACAUAUGACCGCAAGGCCACCCUCAACACCAAGGUGCGCGAGCUCAAGAAACGCAUCGGGAGCGUGCAAGAUGUCCUGCAGCUCGAAGAACUCAAGGCGCGCAAACGUGUCUUGCGCCGGCUGGGCUUUGUUGACGGCGAAGUCGCGACUGUCAAGGGCCGUGUGGCAUGCGAGCUUAGCACGGGCGACGAGCUGCUCCUCACCGAACUCAUGUUUGGAGGCACAUUCAACGACCUUGCGCCCGAAGCGCUGACGGCCUUGUUGAGCUGUUUUGUGUUUGACGAAAAGUCCGAAGCAAAGACUCAGCUCAAUGCCGAGAUCGCAGCUCCUCUGCGGACGUUGCAAGAAACGGCACGGCGGAUCGCCCAGGUCUCGGUAGAGAGCAAACUCCCCCUCGUCGAGGACGAGUACGUCCAGAGCUUCAAGGUCGAGAUGGCGCCGCUCGUGUAUGCGUGGUGCAAGGGUUCGCCGUUUUCCGAGAUUGUCAAGAUGACGGAUAUUUUCGAAGGGUCCAUCAUCCGCUCGUUACGCCGUUUGCUCGAGUUGCUGCGCCAGCUCGUGAACGCCGCAAACGUUAUUGGGAAUGCCGACCUCGAGGCAAAGUUCACAAAGUGCAUCGAGAUUACAGAGCGCACAAACUCGGUCGUAUUCAACCCCUCGCUGUACCUCUAA